UCAUUUUAUUUAAUUUAGCAAAUAUAUUCACGCUAUUCAAACUGUAAUAUACCUAAUAAACAUUUUUCUUUCUUUAGCACAAACUGAAUAAAAAAAUUGAAUUGAGUUGAGCCCCGCUCAAAAAUUCAAAUGUAGGUGUCGCUAAAGUCAUAAAAACAAAACAAAAUUUGCCAAAUCUUAUCAUAAGCUAUUUAAACAUAUUAAUUAAGAAAAUAUGCAUUAAAUCAUCUUAAUUUAGUGUAAAAAUAAUAUUUGGCUCAAUGUUUUCAAAAUUGUGUAAUUUUAAACUUCAUGAUUGUGAGCGUUAUAAAAAUUUUGUCGACAAAUUCGUUAUGCGAUUGGAUGACAUAGUUCUAAGAUAUCAGAAGAAAAUCGGAUCUUAUGACAAACAACAAUGGGAGAAAACAUUAGAAGAGCAGAAGAUCAUUGAAAACGCAAUAAACUUCUCGCUACGAAGCACAAAAUUGAAAACAGAUUUGAUUGAUGUUGAUUUGGUUCGUGGAUCGACAUUUCCAAAAGCAAAGCCGAAACAGUCACUUCUGACUGUGCUUUAUCUUUCCAUUCUUCGAUUUUUCUUCUUACCACUUUUUGCACGAUGGUGGGUUCGAGAAACAUCUCCAAAAGUCUUUGUUCUUCUACUCUCACUUUACUUACUUCAAAUGCUCAAUUGGGCGAUUUAUUCGCUUCACAUUCGGGACAUAAAUGAUGAGCUGAAAGACGAUGGAAGUUCUGUAGUGCCAUUAUGUGAGCUUCUCAUUCCCAUGGGUCUGUCACUUCUCCUAUGCUUUGUUCAUUCACAAAUUGUCGCUACAUCUGCAACAUCAUCACGGACAAGCAAUAAACGUAGACAAAAAUUAAACAUAAAUCGAAUAAGUAACGACAAAAUUAGGAGAAAGAAAAAAGCUUUGAGAGUACGUCCCUCGAAUAAUUCAAUGGAUCUGAAAGGAUACGACACUGAUGAUGAGCAGACGACGAUUCAGAAUCCUCGAAUUAAAGUUAAACCCAACUUGAAAGUCAAAAUAGAUCAUGAAAGUCAUCGAAUUAGUUGUAUUAAGUUAGAUUUAAAUGAAACUGUUGGCUGUUCAUCAAAUGUUCCAGUAAUUCCUGACUCAUCAUCAACUGUAAGGAGACGAAACGUCAAUUGGGGUGAUUCACCGAUAAAAAGUUCUGUUAAUGCUCCAUCACGUCAUGGCGAUGGAAAACCACGAAAGCAGUUGACAAAUGAAAUUAACUCUGCUGGGGAUGAUGGGUUUGAGAGUUUAACUGGAAAGAGUUCAAGUGGUGAAGAUCGAAUGCUUCCAUUGUUGCAAACUGAUAGUGACACUGACACUUUACGGAACAGUGAACGAUCAACACCAGUGAAGACUGGAAAAAAGACUUUAAAGGAAUCUUCAGACACAGAUGAAGAGAAUGACGAUAUUGAAUCGUUAGCACCAGCAUCGCCGAGUCAUUUUGAGACGACAGACGGUGAAUAUAUUGGAGUGACAUCAAACAGUGAAUCGGAGUGUUCAGUUGAUCAUUCUGGUGAUGAUGAUAUGGAUGCUGUGUCACCAACGACAAUUUUGAAUCCAAACGACUCCAGUGAGAAAGUUUCCUGCACUUUAUGGACGAAACAUGAAGCGAAGAAAGCUGAAAUGAGCGUUCUUGAUAUUGCCAUGGCAAUCAUUCAACGUGUUGAUGUGAUUCCCGAAACUUGUGACUAUGUUUACAUUGGAUUUGCUUUGAGUUUGAUUUUGUCAUUGACACCAACAUAUUGUCGACUUUGUGACAUUGCACUUGAGUCAAACUCAACUGGCAUUCCGAAUAUCAUUUUUGAACUUCCACGAGUUAUGAUGGAAGAUUCGUCUUCCAUUUCUUUCACGACUUUUAUGCAUUUGGCUUUCGGGAAGAGCAGCUGGCAGAAGACUUUGUUAAUUAUCUCAACAUUACAACGUUUGAUUUUAGCGUGUUUGUUUUUCUUUCUUUUGGCUGUGGCUGAAAGAACUUUUAAGCAACGCUUUCUCUACGCUAAACUCUUCUCACAUUUGACAUCAACUCGAAGAGCACGGAAAUCGCUGAUUCCACAUUUUCGGCUGAACAAAGUUCGGAACAUUAAAGCUUGGUUGAGUGUUCGGUCAUAUUUGAAGCGUCUGGGACCGCAACGAUCAGUUGACGUUAUUGUUUCAGCUGCUUUCAUCACAACUCUUCUGCUCUUAGCGUUUCUCAGCUUGGAAUUCUUGAAAGAUUCCGAACACAUUCACAGUCAAAUUAAUCUUGAAGCUCUGAUGUGGUCGUGCGCACUUGGUGCUUUCCUUUUACGCUUCAUGACUCUUGGAACGAAGAUUAAUAAGAAAUACCGAUCAAUAUCUGUCUUAAUUACUGAACAAAUUAAUCUCUACGUUCAAAUAGAACAAAAACCACAGAAGAAAGAAGAGUUGAGUGUUUCGAACAGCGUGUUAAAACUUGCCAGUGAUCUUCUUAAAGAACUCGAUUCACCUUUUAAAAUUUCAGGGCUAAGUGCCAACUCAUAUCUUUACAACACUGUCAAAGUUGUUGUGCUUUCUGCACUUUCCGGUGUUCUCUCCGAAAUGCUUGGCUUCAAGUUGAAACUUCAUAAAAUCAAAAUUAAAUAAACUGUUAAAAUAUUUACUUAAAAAGUUUUAUUAGAAAUCGAAUUGAAUGUUUAAUUUGUUGCAAAAAAAAUGAAUUAAGAAAGUAUUGAAAGUGAAUAUAAAAGAAUUGAUGAAUACGCUUGAUAUUAGUCAGAAAAUUAA